AUGACAUGGUCAGAUUCUCCUGGGCACUGCACGAAGUAUGGAUCCUACUCUCUGAUAGAGGACAGAGUGAACAAGGUGGUGGAUGUUCAGCUUGUUCAGAGCUCAGAGGUCCCCAACAGCUCAUGGUGUGAGCUUGAAGGGCUCAAGCGCAGUGUUGACCUGCUGAGGGGAAAGGACCUGCAUUUGGCAACGCUGAUCACGGACCGUCAUCGCCAGGUUGCCAAAUGGGUGAGAGAGGAGCUGAGACCUGAAGGGACACGGCAUUAUUUUGAUGUGUGGCACAUUGCCAAAAGUCUGGGGAAGGCAUUGGAUGCAGCUUCAAAAGAGUGUGACCAACUACAGUUGUGGAGGCCUGCUAUAGUGAAUCACCUCUAUUGGACUGCAGCCUCAACCCCAGAUGGCAACCCAGUGGUCAUGGAGGCCAAAUGGAGAAGUUUAGUCAACCACAUCCAGGACAUUCAUGACCAGGACACCCCUGCCUUCUCCAGUUGUGCCCAUGGCCCUCUAGACGGGGAUCAGCGCAACAAAGAGUGGUUGGACCCAGGCUCAUUGGCAGCAGUAAAGUUGGAGAACAUAAUCAUGAGGACUGCCUUACUGAAGGAUGUUCGACAGCUGUCUCCACAGCACCAGACCUUCUCCCUUGAGGCUUACCACUCCCUCAUCUUGCACUUCGCGCCCAAACACACAGGGUUUUCAUACCUUGGGAUGUAUAGCAGGCUUCUCUUAGCGGCGCUGCAUUAUAAUCACAAUGCCAACCGCGAGACAGCACGGAGAAGUGAUGGGACGGAGAAGUACUGCGUGUGGUAUCCGCGCUUCAGAAAAGGUGCCCAUGUGGUGCUUCCCAUCAAAGAGCAGCCUCAUACGGCCCUUCGGGAAAGCUACACCAAUUCACCUUCAGCUCUUCGAGAGGUUAGCGACAAUUUGUCCUCAGAUGCACCCGCCCCCAUCGCCAAAUCCUUCGAACAGGUUCCUAAGGAGGAUGCCGUCAGCCUCUACCUAGCCCGGCAGUCACGUUACAAAAAAACCUAA